AUGAUACAACACUUGCUUGGAAUACUUGUAGGAAUUUAUCUGAUGCCAGCAGUUUCAGGUCAGUCGCGCAGUUUCUUUGAUAUGAAUUGUCCUCGGAAUAUAUCUGUUAAUUUAAGGAAAUGUGAAGUCUUGGUUGAGUCUCGAUUAGAUUUUACUGACUUUAGACAAUGGACAUCUGAGCUUGAGAGCGCAGUUAAAGUAUCAUUAGACGUAACCUGUAAGUCGAAGGGGGUAUUCUUCCUCCCAAGGCCAAUGACAGCGAGAGGGCUUAUCAAACUUAACGUGAAAGGAUGCGUACUGGCAGGAUACUUUUCAGAGUCUUUGACCCCUACAAAUUUGAAAGAUGAACUACUAGAGUUAUCUUUAGAUAACUGCGUUAUCGCAAGCAAUGUGAAACGUUUAAUAGAUUCAGUUAACAAACCAGUGACCAAGGAAAUCGAUUGUGGACAACAAACCUUACAGAGAUCGGUAUGGCGUAAUAUAUCAUACACGAAUACGAACGACAUGGAGGGUGUUACAGUAGAUGACUUUCUGAAGUUCUUUUCAUCACUCGAUCAAUUCCUUAAUAACAUUAAUCGAAUUAAAUAUAGAUGCAAAUAUUCCAAUUUAGAAUACAUUGAUGAAAGUAUGGGCAGCAAUCGCAACAAACAUAGUUUCCUAAUGAUGACUGCUUAUUCAGAUUUCCCGGCUCUUCACACAUUUCUUUGGACAUAUAAUGGAUACAGUAGCGUACCCCAAGAGCUAACUGAUUGGAGGAAAUAUUUUCCACAACUAAAACUUUUAUACCUUUCGUAUAAUAAUAUUACAAAAUUCAACUUUUUGGGAGCACCCUUCACAGAAAUGGUAUCAAAAUCAGAGCCUCUAGUGAUUGAUCUUUCUCAUAAUUCUGUAAAUGAAAUUCCAGUAGACAUGCCGGAUUAUCUCACUGGUUCUGUGCCGAUUAUUGUUGAUUUAACUGGAAAUCCGCUAAAAUGUGACUGCAACUUCCUACGAUAUAAAAACUAUGUUAUGCAUGCGCUGAAAAUAUUUCAGAAAUAUGGAAACCUGUCUCGGAUAACUUGUCGUUCUGUAAAAAUGCACGGGACAAUACAGCUAGUAAAUUACAGUAACAAUAAUUGUUAAGAACAUAUCAUUUUGCUUUCAAUUUCUUGGCCAUCUCAACAUCUGACACUUAACCAGGAUAUAGUUAAGCUAUUAUAACAAUGAUAGUUGUA